AUGGCGGUUCGCCGCUCGGCUCGUCUUAGGAGCCGCCAGUCGCCCGCCCAGGAUACUCCCGCGGAGUUGAACCAAAACAAUUCGAACAACGAUAGAUCCGAAAAUAAGUUGGAUGCUGUAAUGGAGCGUGAAGAGCCUGUUGAGUCUCCUAAACCCCAGUCCACACCGGCAAAAGUCGCACACACUCCUAAAGGAAAGUUGAAAAAAUCGCCGGCGAAAACACCAGUCACUUCUCUUACGCGUCCUACCCACUUCGAGAUGCAUCCCAGCAAGGUACACCAAAGCACUACUAAACAGGCGGACUCGGGCUUGAUUCUUGGCUUCAAUCCCAUCAAGAAGGACGCCCAUGGCAACGUGGUGAAAGAUGACCCCGCGCAGAGCACACCUAGCAAAACAAAUGCCUCUCCUGCGUCGACAUUCUACGGCACUCCAGCGUUCGAAUUCAAGUUCUCUGCCCAGGACACGGAGCUUAGCGACGAGGCGAAGAAGCUCAUGGAGAGCGUACGCGAGGACGUGGCUCGGAUCAAGGCUAAUAUGGUCAAUGAGAAGGCGAAUGCCACCGGUGACGCGCCACAAACAAGUGAACGCAAGAUCGCUAAGCCGAAAGGAAAGGCCGGUCGGUUUUCAGACGUUCAUAUGGCCGAAUUCAAGAAAAUGGAUUCCAUUGCUGGCCACGCCUCCGCGUUCCGAGCUACGCCAGGGCGGUUCCAGCCUGUUCAAAAGACACUUAAGAGGACCAGUUCGAAAGCCCGCCUGGACGAACCUGAGAGCCAAAAGUCCCCUGCGGCUACCACGCUUAAGGCCUCAGCUCCUUCUACGCCGUCUGCGAAACGUACCAAGCAGGAUAGAGCUGCAGUCACACCUCAAAGCCGCCUACCCAAGUCCGCGAUUGCACGGCCCAGGUCCAGUAUUCGCAGCUCAUUGUUGACACCAACACGCGCCUCCCUGGCUCGUCAAUCUGGCAGCCUGAAACCCCCUCGCACCAGCAUGAUUCCCUCCCUCGCGCGUUCUCCUCUUUCCAAACCUGCCGAGGCACCAAAUACCCCUCGCACCGAAUUCAACCCGCGCUUUAAGAGCAACAUUCCCACACUGAGCAGUCUCAAGUCAAUUCUACGGCCCCAUCAGCCUUUGUUCUCCAAGGACCCCUCUAAGAUUGCCGCUGGGACACACCGAGCAGCUCAAGACUUUACGCCCGACCUUUUGCUUCAACCGUCCCGUGAAAGCUCCCCCGGAGCGGCGCCUACCCCUUCUCCCAAAAAGCGGGUCGAGUUCACACCUUGUACCAAGACUCAGCUUGCUGAGGAAGUGAUUUCACCAUCGCCCUUCAAGAAACCGGCCACAAUUACUUACCCUUCGACAUAUGACGUCGUCUACCCUACCCUUCCUGUCUUGACUCCGGAUCGUAACGCGCAAAAGUCAGCUACUAUCCGUUCAGUUCGUCCCUCUGAUGUCCCUGUUGAGGCCACCUUGCCUGAAGUUCCGGGAAUGCCGCAUGGCCUCAGCCACAAAAAGAGACACCGGGCAGCUGAGGAUGAGCCCGACCGCGAAAAUGUCCCUCCAGCCGACCAUAGCCCAGGACGAAGCGUGAAGCGGGUCAAGAUCAAUACGCCUCAGCCUUCCAAAACCCAGGCGUCAAGCCCGCUCAAAUCCCGUUCACAGACUCCUUCCCGUCUUGGCUCUGGGGCCAUCCGCAAGGGAACGCCCGCAAGUGCGCGUUCCAGGAGCCGUGCGCUCAGCAUGAGUCGCUUGAACAUGCUGGCCCAGCCGAAGAAUCGGUCCUAA